UACAUAACAAUCGUUAAACAAAUAGGUGUGUAGGAAGCGAAUACUUUAUUGAUACACAAGAAACCGUGCAAUGUGAUCUGUCCGCUCUGUAACAAGCGGCGUGUCAUUAUAUAAUCCGAUCUGGUCCUCCUCACUGACCGAUAAAAGUUGGCUGACCCGUGGAAGUGUUUCCUACCUUUCAGAAGACCUAGACUCGCGUAUUGCAGAAGCGUCGCCGGAAUCCAGCGUGUUUUCUUCGGUUGAUACGAUAACUAUGUUAUUAGAACUUUAGGCGACCUUGCGUAUGGACGAUAGUGUGGCUGACGGACAGUUGCGUUCAAAGAAGUGCCGAGCGCGGCGGGUUGUUUGAUGUGAAGUUUUUUUGUUUUUGUGUGGUGCUUUAUUGAUUUUUUCAUGCAGGAUUUGAUGUGGUGCAUAUAUUGAAGGAUGGGAAUCAGAGCUAGCAGCAACCUGACUUCGUCAGGAAUAGAAGACGAAACUAUGAAAAAUCGGGUCUGGCUAUAUCUCUACAGGACUUGGGAAGUCAUGACUUCCUCGGAUAGAUGGACGAAGAGCAGGACAACUUCCAGGUCCAGAAAGAGCGAACUGAGCGAGGUGACGACAGAAUACGGAUCCCAAUUUUCUGUUUGCAGCUGUUCCCAGUGCCAAAAAGACGAUGGAUUCAGUAGUGCUGAUUACAGUGAUCUAUUCGAUUCGAUCAGUACAAUGGCACCGAAUUCAGAAGACUCUGCUAGGAUGGAUAGGUAUCAUAUGAUAGAAGAGUCUAACUCAAAGGAAAAGCAACGACCACCAAUCUAUAACCCUGAAGAUUAUGCGUUGUCGCUCAAAAAAUGGGGUAAGAAAUCGAUGAAUGGGUGUGGCGUUUCACUUUAUUCAAACCCGGCAGCUGUGGAUCCUGAUGGAACUAGAACAGUCGGCCAUUCUUUCAGGGACUACAGGAACCCAAUGUUGAUAUCAUCAGGAUCUGAGAUGACACUCAGGCAGUUCGGGACAGUUUCAGAACUUCUGAACAAGCUCAAAUCGGAUUUGCGCUUGGCAUAUCCAAGCUUCACUCAAGAAUUCGUCUCAGAACCACUCGAUGGUAUAAACCUUCUUCUCGAUCUUCUACGAGCUGUACAGUUAAGCCAGUCCACGAAUCCACAGGCAUUUCCAGGGUCGAAUCAUACCACUGGCAAAGUUCCUCCAGCGAUUCAAAGGCGCGCCUUGUUGGACGAACUGUCAUGUCUCCAGUGCUUAUGGAGCUGCUGCACCAGAUACUCGGAUGCCACUAGAAAACUAACUUCAUCUUCUGCUGGAUUAUUCACUUUAGCCAUAUGUAUAAUGAGCAAUGUGAAUAAAUCGAGAAUUUUAGCGCUGCAGCUUUUGGCUAAAGUUUGUGAGCAAUCUUUCAAUGGUCACUCUGCAGUUUCUGAAGCGUUAUCAACUUUAAGGUUGCGUUUUGGAGAACCAGUGAGAUUUCGCUUUUUGGUCGGCAUCUUAAAUUCAACUGGAGCUCAAGGGGAAUUGCUUGUGGCCGGAAUGAAAUUCAUAAAUUCGUUUUUAGCCUCAGCACCCACAUCGCAAAAGAGACUGUAUAUCCAGGCGGAGCUCGAGCAAGCAGGCUUUGACAUCGCUACUAUAAAAAAAAACAUAGUGGGCAACUCUGACAUAACCGAUAAAAUCUUCGAAGAACUUCAACACUGGGAGAGGAACUUCGUAGACGUUGAGACCCUCACAAUUCGAGCAGAAUCGGCAGAAAAGGAGAAUGAUUCUCUGAGAGAUAAGAUACUAUUACUAGAAAGAAAAGUUCAAAUACUGCAAGAGGAGAAAACAAUUCUGACAUCUCUAGAGAAGUGUUUGAAGGACCGUUGUAAAGAGCUCCAAUCCGAAAUGAAUACGUACAGAUCCAGCGAGAAUCUCCACAAAGACUUCUUCAGCCACAAAGGUGACAUGUCAAAAACAGAUGACGAGGGUAUAUCAUCUUCGGAAAGGAGUUCUUCCCCCGAAGGAGAUACUAUUGAUCAAAAACAAGCCAGCUACGAUCUAUACAGGACUCAGUGUUGUACCUUACAAUGUAGUCUACCAACACCACAGAAGGAGGAAGCUAUGACCAUCUACGAUGAGGAAGAAACCACCAUAGAAGAAGUUAUGGAGGAGUUUCAGAAUAUUAUCAAUGAUGCCGAAUCACAAAAUUGCAUAAAAGAGCAGAAGAGCAAGGAGCACAAAAGGGAGCAUAAGAGGAAGAAGAUGGAAGAAGCGCAAGUUGCUGGAAAGAUGCAACUCGAGGUUAAACCUCCACCGUUGGAUGAUUUUUCAAUCAUCAACGACCAGAAGGACCACAAUACUGAUCAAUCAAGAAAAACGAAGAGUCUAGUUCAUUUGUACCUACCAUCCAACGAAGAGUACGAAUAUGAAAAUAUAAAUAAAAAAGGCUUAUUUUUCGGAAACGCAUAUACCAGCGAUGACGACACAAAUUCUUCGUUGAGUAACUACAGAUGGCGGAUAAGUAACAUUGACAGACAACCACCAGUUAUACUCCCUCAAGCUAGGAAGAUCGAUCAUGAUGUGGAAGAAGCUUAUAUCCACCCAUAUCAGCAGACCAAAAUGAAAAGAACAGACUCCUCGAGCAGUUUGAAGAGGGGCAGGUCUCCUAGGCAUAUUCCAAACUUUGAAGUCUCUAGUGAUAACAUAAGUUCAGCUGUAUUAUCGGGCACACAUAUAACUGUCAGUUGUCAAAAGAACAAUUUCAACCACGACGACUUUGAAAGUCAUAGGAUGAGAUCUAAGAGUUUGGACCGCAUAGACGAUGGACUCGAUACCAUGGUGGACAUAGUGGUAACAGAUCCUAGAACUUCGAAAUACGCGGCUUCAAGGACAAAAAGUGAUUCUGGAAAUGCAACGUCCAUAUCCAGGAGUAUUUCACAUGUUUUUGUAAAUCCCCCGAAACAAUUCAGAAGCAGAGUAAAUAGCUACUCAGAAGAAAAACAGAAAAUGUUCUUGCCCUCCCCAAAGGAUCAAUUCGAAAUUCCAUAUUAUUUUCCUAGAGUACAAGAAAAACUCAGCACCAAUUCCAAUUCAGCUUUCCUGAUAAAUAGGGGCCACAAUAAUGCUGGUUUAUACUCAGGUAAAACUUACAACAGCAAUAUAAGCAGGAAAGAGAGUAGGUCGACAAGAGAUAGCUUACCGAUUUUUACGUCUGUUGGUAAAAAUUGCAGUGGAAGGGUCACUGAUUUACCAUCUGGAUUGUACUGAAUUUUCAUCUAUAUUCUGUUUCAUCAUCUCCUUGAAAGUGUAUAUAAAUUUUAGUUACUUUUUAACAAUGAUUUUGCGUCAUUUGAGUAGUGUUGUAUUUUAAAAUAUAUGAAUCUGUUUUUUUAUUUAUUUACUCAAUUAGUUAACUUAGAAUCAUGAAAUUUCUGAAUGCAAAGCAUUCGAAGAAAUGAUUUUUAAAUUAUUAUAUUUUAUUUCACCUUCCUCUAUCUUCUUUCUUCCUGAGAAUAAGAACUAGAUGGAAACUACAUGCAUUCAUCUUCCAUUGGAGAUGAAUGAUUGUGCCAUCUUCAUUAAGAUGGCCCAAAUUUAUGAGGUUAUUCAUAUCUUCAUUUUGUUCAUUGAAAACACCAUAUACUUUACAAUUCAAAUAAUAAGAAAUUUCAUAAUCAACAAUUUAGGACAUUAGGUAGGUAUUUCACGAAUAAUAUCUACCUAUUACUAUACAAUUUGUAAAAACUGGUUUCAUAUCGAGAAAAUUUUUGUGUAAUCCACUGAAAACUAUUUCGACUUUGAUGGAUCUCUCCGAAUGCUUUUGUCCAGAUUUUUUAUAAGAAGAA